AUGCGGGGCACGAGCUGCGUGGGCGGCGGCGGCGAGAGCCCGGGUGGCGCAGGGCUGAGCGAGGGCCCGCGGGGCCGUUGGCUGCGCCUAGCCCCGGUCUGCGCCUACUUUCUCUGCGUCUCGUUGGCUGCCGUGCUGCUCGCUGUCUACUACGGUCUCAUUUGGGUUCCCACGCGGCCCCCUGCAGCCCCAGCCGGCCCGCCGCCCAGCGCGCAGUCCUCUCCGUGCGGCGCCCGCGCGGGUGCGCUGCCUGCCCCGGCGCCCGCCGCCGCCUCGGUCUCUUGCCUCCUGGGAGCCCCUAGCGGGCCGAGACCCCAGCUCGAGCUGCCGCGCAGCCGCCGCCGCCGCCGCCACAGUGACCCCAGCCGCCGCCGCCCGAGCCGCCAGACGCUGAGGAAGACGCCGGAGGCCGCGGCGGGGCGAGGACCCGGGUAA